AUUUUCAAGUUGAGCUUUUCUAUGCCUUCUACUUGCUGCCAGUUAAUAAAUAAAACAAAUAAUAUUUAAUAUAUAUUUGAGAAAAAAAUAGUUGAAAUAUUAUAGGACAUCAUUUACGUUAACAUAAAUAUAUAUAUUUGGAUAAAUAACUCAAAUGAAUAAAAUAAAUAAUAGUAUAACUUGAAUUGAUAAAAGUGAAGGAAUAAAAAAAAAAAAGUGAUUUAUAAUUGAAUGGUUGUACGUUCUCUUGAAUUUAACCGGUCGGACAUUGAACGCUACUCGUGCUCGCAACCGUAACGAUUUUAAACAACCAGUCGAUUGAUUCUGACUUUGUGUAUAAAGUGAAUUUAAAGCCAACACCCAAAAAGCUAAACAUGUUCGAAUAAAUCAUCAAAUAUAAAAUAAAAGUUACUAAAGUAAAAUAAACAUCAAAUUAUAACAAAAAAAAAACAUUCAGUCAGAAUCAAGUGCAUAUACACGUAAGUAGCCGUUGGAUAAGGCUAGUGAACACUGAAUUACAUUGGAACCGCCAAUCUGCAAUCAAGGUUCAUGGUUUUCAUGGAGGAGAGCGAGCUCUCGAGCAAGCGGUGGGCGAGUGCACCCCGCCGCCCCGGCAGCCCCUGUCAUUUAGGGCCACCAUCAUCUGAAGAGGCGGCGGGACCACCAGUACAACUAGAACCCGUAGAUUUAUCAGUAAAAACCCCAGUGGUACUGCAGGUGCCACGUUACAGUCCAGCAACAGCAUUAAUUACCACAAUGAGGAGGAUUCCAUUACCACCGACGACGCCCACUUCGUUGCCGUUGCCGAUUUACCCGUCCACUGUUUCACCAGCCCUGCCACUUGUAGACAUUGUAAGGGAUCACGUUGACGAUAGAAGCAAAAAAAGAGAUCGACUGUAUGACAGAGAUUCUAAUUCUUCUCAUCAUAAUCAUCAUAACCAUCAUUAUCAUCAUCAUCAACAACAACAACAACCACCACAACAGCAACCACAACAACAAUUACAACUACAACAACAUCAUCAUCAUCAUCAUCGGCAGCAACAUCAACAUUAUCAUCAUUCAACGCACGAGAGAGAGCCAAAAGACAAACGUCAUGAUAGAGAACAUCGAGAACGACAAAAGGGACAAAAAGAAUGUGAACGGGAACGUGAUGUAUCAGUUUGUAGUAUAGAACCAACCGAUCCUGUUUUCGUAUCUUCCUCAGCGGCACUUCUCGCACUUCAGAGGAUAAAAGAAGCCUCACUUGUAUUUCACAAACGGCCGACUCUAACACCAGGAAUUGGACUAAGUGGACGAGGUAACACUGGUGUCGGUGGUAACAACGGGAAUCUUAGUGUAGAAUCCGAAUGUGGUGAUGCUCUCAAACGUCGCAAAGUUCAUAGAUGUGAUGUAGCCGGAUGUGACAAAGUUUAUACUAAAAGUUCACAUCUCAAAGCUCACAAAAGAACUCAUACCGGUGAAAAACCAUAUCAAUGUACGUGGGAAGGUUGCACGUGGAAAUUUGCACGAUCAGAUGAAUUGACACGGCAUUAUCGUAAGCACACAGGACAAAAGCCCUUCAAGUGCCAUCUAUGUCAACGAUCGUUUUCAAGAAGUGAUCAUUUGUCAUUACACAUGAAAAGGCACUAGCUCAAUUAUAAAAAAAAAAAAGUGCAAAUUCCCAUCUUUUCACUUAUUCACACUUCAUGAUCGAUCAUCUUUGACGAUUACAUUCGGGACCUGAUGCAAUAAAUAAACUUCAAUUAAGUGAAGAAAAAAUUUUUUAAAAAAGCCUAAAAUAAUUAGUUAAAAAUUAAUUAGAGAAAUUUUUUUUAUUAAACAUAUAUAGAUAGAUAUUUGAAAGAGUUUAUUUACAAUUAAGAAUAAAUAAAUUUAUGUUUUUUAAUCAAUUAUUCAUUUGUUUUUUAAAUAAAUCUAAUUAAGUCCAGCUCAACUAGUCUAGAGCAAUUUUUAUUAAUUUUACAUUUUUUAAAUAAUUAAUAGAGUCAAUUAUAAAGCUUAAUCAUUAUGAAAUUUAAUAAUAAUAUAUCUUCAAAAGCUGUAUUAUUAUUUAUUUUUUCAAUAAAAUUAUAUUACUUUAAAACUCCAAUAAUGGAACUUGGGACUUAGCAUAACACAGAAAUGUGAUGUUGAGUUAUGUUUAUUGAAAGAAAUGUAUAAACCCAAACUGAAAUAAAUAUAAAGAAUUUCGCGUUUUUUAAAAACGGACAAUCAUUAAACCGUUGAAAUUCGUACUGAAUUUAAAUAAUAAUUGAAAAGUAUUAUGAAUGCAUAUUGAUAGAUAAUAUAGAUAAAUAAAUGAAUGCAAUAAAUGCUAGGCAUUGUUUUUAAAUUAUAAUUUAUUGAAAUAUCCGAGGGGCUAUUCAUCGACGUUUUAAGUGACAUCAUGACUUGGAAAAAAAAACAAAUAAAGUUGGUAUUGUUAAUGUCACAAAUGACUACAAUUUCGUCUGCAAUUAUUUAAGAUCAAAUAUAUAAAUAAUUAACUAUUUAUAAAAACAAUAUUUUUUUUUUAAUUAUAAUAGUAAUGCAAGCAACAAAAACAUUAUAAUAUUUCCAAGUAGAAAUAAUAUAUUUAUAUUAAUAUAAAUGAUAUUGAAAAUAAAUUCUAAUUGCCUUUAGAUUUGAUCGUAAAAAUUUUUAAUAUAUUUUAAUAUAUUUUUAUAUUUAUUAUAUGAACAUAUGUAUAUAAAAGGUUUAAAAUAUAUUUAAACUUUGUGUACCUCAAACCGAAUAUAAUUCAUAUUUAUUUUUGAUUAAUACAAUUUAUAUUUUUACUUUUUUCUACUUGGGUUAUAUCAUCAAUCAUAAUGGAUAUCUUAAAUAUAUAUUUUUAUUUACUCUAUUAUAAAUUGAGUGAUCAGUUUUCAAACUAUGAUUGAAGGCAAAAUUGUCGUUUAGGAUAUUGACAAAUAUCGAUGUAGCCAUGAGUGGUUAUUGGAAAUGAAUUAUUUAAAAUAUACCAGUCCGAACUGCUGUGUUCUGUUUUCUGGAUACGUGUGCUUAUGUUGUUGGACAUUAAAUAUGGGGUACAUAAAAAAUUAAGACUGAAUAGCCCUUCACAUUUUCCUAAACAUAAAAGUAAUAAAGUAUUCUACUGAUGAUGCGUUUGCGUAAAAGGUGCCAAAGUUGAUAAUGUGCAAACAAAUAAUUUCAAGAUACUGAGUUAAAUAAAAUGAAUUAAAAAAAAUAACUUUUUUUAUUUUUGAAUAGAUUUCACUGUAACUGUUUUUAAUGGUGCAAAAAAAACUAGAUGAACGGUAUUAUAUAGAAAUUUAAGAAUAUAAAAAAAAAAAUCAAUUCAACACUGCCCUAGAUUAUUCAAAAAAAAAAAAUGUUCGAUAUUUUAAGUAUAAUUAUAUUCUUUAUAAAGCUGCUUAAAAAUAACUUUCAAAAUGAUUAAUUAUUAUUAAAAUAAUAAUGCAAAUUAUAUUUUUCAUAAUUACCAAAUUGAAAUCUUCUGUUUGAUGAGAUGAAAAGAUUUAUUUCUUCAAAAAGUAUUUCGAUGAAUAUGUAUAAAAAUAAAUUUACUUACAAACAAACUUUACAAAAAAAAAAAAAAGGCAAUUUUUAAAAGCAAUAAUAAAAUGUAUAAAGUUUUAAAAACUUUCACUCAUUGAGAAUAACAAUGGGCACAAAAAAUUUGUGAGAAAAAAAAAAUUCAAAAAUUGAAUGGAUUCAAAAUGUGAUACCAACAUUAAUAGAGCUAAUUUAUUGUUGUUUUUUUUUUAUUUCGUCUAUAUAUAUAAAAUAUAAGGUGACAGAGAGCAAAGAUUUUAGAAAAACAUUUUGUAUCAAUGCUAGUGCCUUUAAUGUGAAUUUAUAAAUCUUGGUUUGUUAAUUUUAUAGCUAAAGAAUCAUUAUUAUUUCUGAAACAGAUCGAUUGCCUUACUAAUUAUACUAGGGAAUAAUAAUAAUUGUAUUAAUAACAAUAAUAAUAGUAACAAUUCCUAGUAUGCAUUCCAAAAAUAUUUGCAAGUUUGCUAUUAACAUUGUUUUUUAUCUUGAAAAUAAUUUAUUCAAUGUUAUAAAGUGUUGUAAUGUUAAAAAUUGAUAAUAAGCAAAAGACAAGUGUUGAAAUUUAUUACUAUUAAUUUAUUCAUUAUAUUGAAUAAUUCAUUUGAUAUGACGGAAAGUCUCAGAAAGAAAGUCUUAAUGUAAAUGUUCUUAUUUUUAUAUAGUGCCUUGCUCAUAAAUAUUUGCAUUUCAAGUGCCUUCAAAGACAUUAACUGUCACACAAACCAAUUAAAGUAACAAAUUUUUUUUUUUUAAUCAUGCACACUUAUAAUUAAUUUAUACUUGUUAAAAAAUUAUUUCAAAUAUUUUAUUUUAUUUCGGUCAUAAAAAAUUUUUAAAAUAAACUUUGAUAAUUAGCAAAUGCAAUUAUACUAAAUUAUUUUUGGUAAUUUUUAUGGUUUUAAUCAUCACAUUUAAAGAUUUAAACGUUAUCUUGUCAAAAUUAGUUAUUGUUGAAGUGAACCCUUAAUUUUUGUACUAAAAAACCAUAAUGUUAAAAAAAUUUAACACAAAUUCUGUGUCAACCCUGGUGGAAAUAUUUCUCCGGAAUUGCUCCGGAUUACUCCGGAUUAUUCCGGAAUUGCUCACUCCAAAAAAAUGUAGAAAAAUACGAGAAAUCCGUAGCAAUUACAAAAUACUCGAAUUACUGUGCAAAAUGAAAAAAAAUAAACGACCAAAAGAUUCUAAUGGGCCAAUUCCGGAGCGAUACGGAGCUUUCCGGAAUUUUACGGAGUUUUCCCGGAAUUUUACGGAGAAAUUAUUUCCACCAGGGAACUCAACACGAUAAAGUACUAAUAAAAACUUAUAAAAGACAUUAUUUUUAUGCCAGCUCCAAAUAAAAUAUAAAAAAAAAUAUGAUAAUUUAACAUUAAAAUUAUAUAAAAUAUAAUUUUGUGUUAAAUUUACAAUUUAACAAAUCUGAAUAGUCUUAAAUUAACUUUACAGACUUCCGGAAAAAUUAUUGCGUGACAAAAAAAUUAUUAAUGAGAAUCUAUCUUCACGUAAAUUAAUUUUCCAAUUACUAUAUCCUAUAAAGUAUGCAGGGCUUAUCUAAUUUUUGAGAUUCAACAAUUCCAAGUCCAGUAAUUAUCGUGAGAUUUUAUUAUUAUUAUUAUUAUUGUUAUUAUUAUUAUUAUUAUUAUUAUUAUUCUCAGUGCGGUGCUGUGGUAUAUAUUGUUUCAGACAAAAGUUUAAUGCUCAUUAGGAUUCAAUUAUUACUUUACAACUAUUUUAUUCGUUGUAUUUAUUUAUCUAUAAUAUAUUAAUUCAGUAUGUAUUUUUUUUUUUUGUUUAUUCUUGUUACUUUGAAUGAAUCUAUGUGUGGCCUUGUAACUCGCGUUACGCAUGAGUUAAUGUACUCGAU